GAACAUUACGUAGCGCAUCUAAAAAUAGCCCUCCGCAGCAUCCUUCGAGUCAGCGAUAUAAGCUAGUUUCGCAAGUGUCUCACACAAACAUUGAAGCUAAAACUUCGCGUCGUACGUACGAUUUUGAACAAGAAAUCAUCAAAAUGUCGCUUUAUCCAUCCCUAGAAGAUAUGAAAGUCGAUCAGAUGGCCCAAGCACAGGCCCAGCAUAUGCAAGCUCAGCACCAAGCCAUCGCAGGACCACCUCAAGGUAUGCCAAGUGCAUCUGCCGCACCAGGUCACAGCAGCCUUUAUCCAUCCCUCUCUGACUACAUGGGCAUAGAGGUCACCGAAGAAACAGUCAGGCAACAUGUCCCUAACUACAUGGCCAUCGUCCCAAGUGCUGGCCAAGCUCUUGCCACCCCUGGCACUGGGACGAGUGGGAUCGUUGCACCUGUAACUGGCUCGAAUAACUUGAAUCUCCGCCGUGCAGAGAUCAAGGGCGGUGUUCGUGAGGUCAUCCUAUGCAAGGACAAUGAGGGAAAGCUUGGUUUAAGAGUGCGUGCUGUCAACAAGGGUAUCUUUGUUGCAUUUGUACACAAGGAUUCUCCUGCAGCCCUGGGAGGAUUGCGGUUUGGAGAUCAGAUCCUACAGAUUGAUGGCGAGAACAUGGCUGGCUUUGAUACUGACAAGGCCAUGAAGAGACUCAAGAAUGCCUCCCCUCAACGAGUGGUGUUUGCUGUCCGAGACAGACCGUUUGAGAGAACUAUUGUGCUCCAGAAGGACAGCACUGGACACGUAGGAUUUGUUUUCAAGAAUGGAAAAAUCACACAGAUUGCCAAAGAAACAUCUGCCGCAAGGAAUGGCUUGCUUAUUGAACAUCACUUGAUAGAGGUCAAUGGACAGAAUGUAGUCGGACUCAAGGACUCUGAGAUCAAGACAAUCCUGGAGAAAUCAGACAGAUCUGUCACCCUAACCAUCAUCCCAAGCUUCAUCUGUGAGCACAUAAUGAAAUGUAUGGCUGGUAGUCUUGUCAAGAAAGCUAUGGACCACUCCAUCCCAGAUGUUUAAUUAACAAUAAUGAUCCAACACCUGGGAUAAAUCUCCAGGCAAUUCAGUAGCUCAAAGCUUUAAAUAGCAAAAUGAAGUAGAGUUGACAUGGGGAAGUAACUUUUACCACUGCCAUAGUUAUGUUUGUGAUUGACAGACCAUUUUGGGUAUUUCCAGCUGUAUUAACCCCCAACAGAACAUUUGUAAUCUAAAUUUUAUUCAUGUUACAUAUAAUGGUCAAACAUUGAUUCUUACAAAACAUGAAUUUAUUUGAAGUGUUAGUGCAUAUUAGAAACAAUUGUAUAUAGUCUAUAAUUACAUCAUAGAAUAAUAACCUGAUUAACAAGUAUUAUUAUGCCACCCCAAUAGAUAAAAAAAAUGUAUUAAUGCUUAUUUUCUAGUAAACUUGACAAAAUAUUGUU